CGUUCGUACGUCAGUUGCCGCCAGGCCGUUGGCGCGUGCAGUUAUGUGGGAGGAAGUCACGUCGAAAUAAAACAAAAACAAACAGCACGUAUUUAAUUUUUAUGGCUUCGAAACGACCGACUUAGUUACUAUUGUGAAUUUGUGGCCAACUUUUGGGAUUGAAGAGGACAAUUAAAUAAAGCCACAAUAUGUACGGGUUUGUGAACUACGCCUUAGAGCUGCUUGUUACCAAAACUUUUAAUGAAGAAACAUGGGAGACUAUAAAGAAAAAAGCAGAUGUGGCGAUGGAAGGCAGCUUCCUCGUGCGCCAGAUUUACGAAGAUGAAAUCACCUACCAUCUCAUCACAGCCGCUGUCGAAGUUCUACAGAUUCCAGCUGAUGCAAUUCUGGAGCUCUUCGGGAAGACCUUCUUCGAAUUCUGUCAAGACUCUGGAUAUGACAAGAUUUUGCAAGUUCUUGGUGCUACGCCAAGGGAUUUCUUGCAGAACUUGGAUGGUCUACACGACCACCUGGGCACUCUCUACCCUGGCAUGCGAUCACCAUCUUUCCGAUGCACUGAGCGGCCUGAGGACGGUGCCUUGGUACUCCAUUACUACUCUGAUAGACCUGGAUUGGAGCAUAUCGUCAUUGGUAUUGUGAAGACGGUAGCCAGCAAGCUCCACGAUACCGAAGUAAAGGUUGAGAUCUUGAAAACUAAAGAAGAAUGCGACCACGUCCAGUUCCUGAUCACUGAGACAUCUACUUCUGGACGAGUGUGCGCUCCUGAGAUGGCUGAAAUUGAAACUCUGUCACUUGAGCCCAAAGUGAGCCCGGCUACCUUCUGCCGCGUGUUCCCAUUCCACCUGAUGUUCGAUCGUGAGCUGAACAUCGUGCAGGCUGGCCGCACCGUCUCCCGCCUGAUGCCGAGGGUCACUCGUCCAGGGUGCAAGAUCACUGAUGUACUGGAUACGGUGCGACCUCACUUGGAGAUGACAUUCGCGAAUGUUCUCGCUCACAUCAACACGGUGUAUGUGCUGAAGACUAAGCCUGAAGAAAUGGUGUCUGCUCCUGAUGAGGAUAUCGCUUCUCUACGUUUGAAGGGCCAAAUGCUAUAUAUUCCAGAGACGGACGUGGUGGUAUUCCAAUGCUAUCCCAGCGUGACCAACUUGGAUGACUUGACCCGAUUUAACGGGCCUGCCUCGAACAUUCCUCUCCAUGACGCCACUCGAGACCUGGUCCUCAUGUCCGAACAGUUCGAGGCGGACUACAAGCUGACGCAGAACCUGGAGGUGCUAAAGCUGCAUGAAUUGGACUAGAAGCAAAAGACCGACAGGCUCCUGUACUCAGUCCUGCCAAUCAGCGUGGCGACUGAGCUCCGUCACCAGCGCCCCGUACCGGCUCGUCGCUACGACACCGUCACCUUACUCUUCAGUGGGAUCGUCGGGUUCGCCAACUACUGCGCCAGGCACACUGACCAUAAGGGAGCCAUGAAGAUUGUGAGGAUGCUGAACGAUUUGUACACAGCGUUCGAUGUACUGACUGAUCCGAAGAGAAAUCCUAAUGUGUACAAGGUGGAAACAGUUGGUGACAAAUACAUGGCAGUGUCUGGUCUGCCGGAGUAUGAAGUCGGUCACGCCAAGCACAUCUCUCUCCUAGCUCUGGAGAUGAUGGACCUGUCUCAAACUGUCACUGUUGAUGGCGAGCCUGUUGGUAUCACGAUCGGUAUCCACACCGGUGAGGUGGUGACUGGUGUGAUUGGCCACCGCAUGCCGCGGUACUGCCUCUUCGGUAACACCGUCAACUUGACCAGCCGCUGCGAGACCACUGGAGUACCUGGCACCAUCAACGUCAGCGAGGACACUUACGGGUACCUGAUGCGUGAAGAUAACUACGACGAGAGAUUCGAACUAACAUACCGCGGCCAUGUUUCGAUGAAGGGCAAAGCUGAACCUAUGCAGACUUGGUUCCUAACCAGAAAGAAGAUUUAAAAUAAUCACUCGAAAUUCGACCUAAAAUGCUUACCCAUAACGAUGAAUUUACAUAAACAUUAGGGCCUGAAUUAACUGUCUUAGCAAUUUUCGUAUCGUAGACAAAAUAGUUCGGUAUUAUGUUUUAAUAUAACAUGGUUAGUAGUUGUUGUAAUUUCAACUUUAUAGCUGUUAAUAUAAAGUUUCUUCUUCUGUGAUCUCUGUUCUUAUAGAAAAAACUAUCUAAUAUCUUGUUAUUUAUUUAAAAGUAAAAUAAUUUUAUUUUAUUGUUCUAUAGAAUUUUUCUAUAUCUACAUUCCGAAAGGAGGUUAUGAAUCUAUAAAAUAUUCUUCUAUUUUGAGCCUUAAGCUGAAGGCCUAAAGUAUACUAUACUAUAUACUAUUAAUAUAGAAAAUAUAUUCUACACUAUUUACUAAUGUUGCUUUAUUUAUUUUGUUGUUAAUUCAAAUUUUUAUUGUAUUCUAGUCAAUCUGGAUUAAUAUUAAAUAUACGAUUUAUUCACGUAACUAUUCAAGAGUGUCUACCGGUCGGCUGCGUGACGUCAGUUGUCACGUAUACCUUACAUGAUUAUGAGCCCCAGUUAUGGCUCGAAACUAGUCGAGCGCCCUCGAAUGAUUACGUGAAUAAAUAGCAUGAAUGUAAUUAAUUUAGUAUAUCUCAUUAGAGUUAUUUUACAAAAACCUGUAUUUAGUUAAAGCUUUAAUUAUUUAUUUUAUUGAUUGUUUAAUGCAAAUAAUAAUUCUAUUUCGUAAAUAACUAAUGGUGUUGUAAUAUGUAAUAUUAUUUCUACUAUUGUGAUAAUCUAUGUGAAAGAGUAUUAGAAAAUAAAAAAAUAAACUACA